AUCCUUGCAGGGUCCCCUCCACCUCCCGACCAUCAUGAAAGCUCCAGCCCUCCGCUAGAGGCAGCUCUGUUUCCUGGUUCGGGGGCCGGCAGCCAUUUUGGGUUCGAGGAGCCAGAGCGGAGGCCGCCGCCGGUGAAAGGGAGGAGUUGAGCUGGGUGUGAAGGGAGACGCUGUCAUUGCUGGUGCCGCCGCUGCCGCCUCCUCCCCCUGCUUGGCUGGAUAGGAAGGCUGACCCCCAGGAGCUGCCGCCGGUGGAUCUGGCCGCCGCCUGCUCCGCGGAGCGCGUUCGUUCUUCACAGGCCGCGGGGCCCCCGCUGACAUGUCCAGCAUGAAUCCCGAAUAUGACUAUUUAUUCAAGCUACUUCUGAUUGGAGACUCUGGUGUUGGGAAAUCUUGCCUUCUACUUAGGUUUGCAGAUGAUACAUACACAGAAAGCUACAUCAGCACAAUUGGUGUGGACUUUAAAAUCAGAACUAUAGAGUUAGAUGGAAAGACAAUCAAACUUCAGAUAUGGGAUACAGCAGGGCAAGAGAGAUUUCGAACAAUAACUUCUAGUUACUACAGAGGAGCUCAUGGCAUCAUAGUUGUGUACGAUGUUACAGAUCAGGAGUCUUUCAAUAAUGUAAAACAGUGGCUGCAAGAAAUAGAUCGCUAUGCCAGUGAAAAUGUUAACAAGUUGUUGGUAGGGAACAAGUGUGAUCUGACCACAAAGAAAGUAGUAGACUAUACAACAGCAAAGGAAUUUGCAGAUUCCCUUGGGAUUCCAUUUUUGGAAACCAGUGCAAAGAAUGCAACAAAUGUCGAACAGUCUUUCAUGACCAUGGCUGCUGAGAUUAAAAAACGAAUGGGUCCUGGAGCUACAGCAGGGGGCUCAGAGAAGUCCAAUGUUAAAAUUCAGAGCACUCCUGUCAAGCAAUCUAGUGGAGGUUGCUGCUAAAACUCUCCUCCCCAUUUGCUUCUCAACAGUGAAUUUGAAAUCUGAACCCAACUGAAAAAAAUGCCUGAAUUGUACUGUAUGUAGCUGCACUACAACAGAUUCUUAUUGUCACCACAAAGGUCAGAGAUUGUAAAUGGUCAAUACUGACUUUUCUAUUCCCCUGACUCAAUAAAGCUAACUUCAUUUUCAGAAAUGUUAAACCUUUUGUGUGCUGGUUUAUAAAUGCGUGUAAUCCUUGUUGCUUUUUCUUAUACCAGACUGUUUCCUGUGGUUGGCUCAACUUGGAAUAUAUUUUUUUUGUUCAGAUCAUAUUGGCAUGUUUAGAUGUCGGGUUUAGGCUUCUGAAGAUGAAGUUUAGCCAUUUUUGUAUCCAACAGCACAACUAUGUCACUUUUCCAUGCAUAAAGUUCAAUAAGAUCUGAUUUGCUAGUUCCUUGUAGAGUUCUAUCUGAAAAGAUUAUACUCUGGUCUGGAUUCAAAGAACUGCAUCAACAAGUUCCGUGGAUUGAAGGGACACUUGAACUUGUCUUUGAACAGCAUGCCUCUCAUGGCUCAUCUUUUUUUAAUGAAGAGCUUCAUAAGCAGUUUGUGAUUUGCAGGCAGGAGGGGCUGCCAUUCAAAGGAAAGUCAAAUUCCAUUGGCUGUGCCCAAGCCCUUGGGCAAUCCUAAAGUAGCUCUGUGGAUCCUGGCCACUGACUCUUCUUCUACUCUGCAUAUAAUUUGUGGCUACAGAAUAUUGUAAUUUGUUGCACAAUAUGUAACAAACUGAAGAUAUGUUUAAUAAAUAUUGUACUUAUUGGAAGUAAUAUCAAAUUGUACGGUGAUAAGUAUUGUCUUAAUUUUUAUGGCAAAGGGGAAAGGCUUGCAUUGUGCCCCCAAAUGUACCUCCUUAUGUGCAGUAAUGGCACUUUAUGACCUUUCUUAGACCAUACCUUCCCGGCCCAGCAAAUAACUAGCAAGUAUGGCCUGAAUGACUAGGUUGUCAUGGUGUUUCUGGCAUGUAUGCUAUACUUGGAACACAACUUAGCAUAACAUUGUUUAUAGAAUCAUAAUCACUCUAAAUGUACCAUAUUUCCCCUCUAUCCUAAAUGUCUGGAUCUGUUUCUAAAUGACUCCAUUUAGAAAUACCUUGUCUUUCUUGCUCUGUCCUAGAGGAAAACAGUAUUUUUCCUAACAUAUGAAUGACUUCAAACUAACAAAGUGAUGUUAAACUCUGAUGGUAUGUUAUGUCUUUUCUAAAUAAUGUUACUUCCAUUCUCUCUCUCUCAAGCAAAUACUGUUGACUUUAAUAAAACUUAGUGCAAUUUAUUGGUUGGUUUUGGUUAUGCACAAAAGCAUGAGGAAGUGAAAACUGGACUUGGCCAUAAGUUAAGGUAACUGACCAGAAGACCAUUAUGUAAUGUUGCACAGGAAGAGGCGAUUCUUAAAUACAAAAUGUGAGUUUGAGCAGUAAUGGUGGCUGCAACAGAUUGCUACAGUUAACACAUGUAGAAAUUUUGUACAGAGAAACUAAUCCAUUAGUGCCUGGCAUCUGGGUUAAACCAACUUGAUUGCAAUCUAAAAUCUUUUACACAAGAUUCAUUUAAAACUACCAUUUAGGUGUUUGUUUGUUUUUGCAAGAAAAUACCCAGAUGUGACUGCAAAUUAUGCCACUUGAAUACCUUGAGAGGCAAAUGUAAUAGCAAAUCACGAAUAUGUAAAGUCUCAUCAUGGGACAAAUAUCAGUGAUUUGCAUCCACAACUGGAAUACAUAGUACCUUAAGCUUCAUACUGUUGUCAGAAGAUUGAAAUUACUGAAACUUUGAAUUUGCUCUCCUGAGAACUUCACAAUAAAGUGUACUUCAUAAUGACAUGUGCUUAGUGGAUCAAUUUAUGUUUAGGAAGUAAUGUGUUUAGAUCAAAAGGCAUAUUACUUAAGUUUUUUGUUUUGAGCAGUUCUUGGUAAUUCUUAACUACCCAUAUCUGUUCCUGAAGCUCCUUGUGCAGGAAUAAACACCUAAAACAAGUGAA